AUGAGGCCACAGCCAGGUUCAGUACACCAGGUCCACCAGCCAGGUCUAGUACAACUGAGUUUCAGUAUAACUAGGGUCCACCACAACCAGGGUCUACCACAAUUCAGUGCCUCUACAAAUUCAGGUUUCCAGUAUGCACCAGGGUCUACACACCAGGGCCACUACAGCCAGGGUUCAGCACACCAGGGUCUAAACAACAGGGUCCAGAACAACCAGGGUUACCACAACCAGGUCUACCACAACCGGGGACCACCACAACCAGGUCCCACAUGUCAGGGUCCACCACAACCAGGAUCUACUACAACCAGGGUCCACCACAACAGCUACUCCAGGAUCCACCACAGACAGGAUCCACCACAGCCAGGAUCCACCACAAGCAGGGUCCACCACAACCAGGGUCCACCACAGCAGGCCCACACUCAGGGUCUACCACACCAGGGUCCACCACAACCAGGGUCCACACAACCAGGGUCCACCAUAAUCAGGGUCAAGCAUAACCAAGGUCCAACAACCAGGGUCCACUCACAACCAGGGACCACCACAACCAGGGUCUACCACAGCCAGGAUCCACCACAACCAGGAUCCACCACAACCAGGGUCCACUACAACCAGGGUCCACUACAACCAGGUUCUACAUAA